UACUGAAUAAUAAUACUAGUAUUUAAGAUAAAAAUACAGUUAUAAAGGAACUUUCCUCAACAGACGGAAAGCCUUUAGAUUUUUCAUUUAAAAAUAUAACAGAUUUAUUAGAAUUAAAAAAAAUGGAAGCAAGAAGUGGAAAAAGAAAGCCGAUAGAAAAUGAGACAAUUGAAGUAGUUUAAGAUGAUAAAAAAAAUGGUAAAAUUUAAUUAAUAAAAUAAUAAUUUAAAUGAGAAAAAAAAAAAAAAGAUGAUGAUGAAAGUAAAAAAGAUGCAGAAGAAAACGAAGAAAAAGAAAAUGAAUAAGUAAAAGAAGGAGAAGAAGGUGAAAAUAAAGACAAAGAUAAAAAAGAAGAAAAGAAAAAAUAAGAAAGAAAAGAACCGGAAGUUGUACGUGCGAUUCCUUCAAAUGUUGCAGCGAAUAUAAUUUCAAGUUACCAUGUUCCUUUAAAUUCAGUAGGAGGAAUAACAAAAGUAAAAUAAAAUAUCGAAAAUCAAAAUAUAAUUAAAAAAGGGAAUUGGAGGUAAAACUAUAGAAGAAUAAAAAAAUAAUUUAUAGAAAAACGUUUUAAAAAUAAAUUUAAUAUGUACAUCUUUGAUUCUUAGUUAUAACAAAAUAAGAUCAAUAGAGAAAUUUUAUCCUAUAAUAGAUAGUGUUAUGUACGAUUAUAAUUAAUUAGGAUUUAUUGAUCUUUCUCAUAAUUAUUUAACAAAUAUUAAAUAUGAUUUCUCACAUUUCCCUAAUUUAAAAAUUUUAUAUCUGCAUUGUAAUUAUAUUAAUAACUUAAAAGAAAUAUUCAAUAUUAAAUAACCUAUUAUUUCUUUAACUAUCCAUGGUAAUCCUAUUGAAUCUAUUCCAGGUUUUCGAUAAUUUAUUAUAGGUGUAAUACCUUCUUUAAAAAAUCUUGAUACUGCACAUAUAUCUAAAAAAGAAAGAGAUGCUUGUGAUAUAGGUAUAAAAAGAUUACUUGUUAAAAUACCACCACCUGUAAAAAAUGCGCCUUUACCACCUGAAGAAAAUACAGCUAAUAAUGAAAAUAAUAAUAAUAAAUAAAAUUGAAUUUAUAAAAAAUAAAUGUUAGUUUAUUUUGGUAUUUU